ACGAUCCUGAGGCCGUUUGUUGUGUUGGCAGACCGAGGGCGAGUGUGGCCAGACUCAUCCCCGGAACAUUAUAUUCAUGUUUUAGCGGUAGUAUAGUGUCAUUUUGACAUAAUGUGGUACAGUACAAUAUUACUGACCUUACUAGUGCAAAUAUCAUGGGGGUUUUAUGUCCCAGGAGUAGCUCCUGUAGAGUUCAAACGGAAAGAUUCAGUGGAGGUGAAGGCUGUCAAAAUGACUAGUUCACAAACCCAACUUCCUUAUGAAUAUUACUCACUGCAGUUCUGUCGUCCUCGGAAUGGGACCAUAUAUAAAUCAGAGAAUCUUGGUGAAGUGUUACGUGGGGACAGAAUUGUAAAUACACCAUAUGAUGUGAAAAUGGCUGUUGACACCCCAUGCAGACUGGUUUGUCAUCAAAUGUCAAAACCCAUCGUUUGGACACAACAGGAAGCCAAGGAGGUGGCAGAUAGGAUCAGGCAUGAGUACUAUGUACAUUUGUUGGUUGACAAUCUACCAUGUGCUACUAAGUUUAUGAUGGUGGAAACGCAAGAACAAGUUUACGAACGAGGUUACAAGCUUGGCUACAUCUAUGACAACAAGGUGUAUAUCAACAACCACCUCAAGUUCAUUCUCUCCUACCACACUGAUAAUGAUUUAGAUUUCCGUGUGGUCAGGUUUGAGGUGGAGGAGUCCAGUGUUGAUAUCUCAGAAUUAAAGGGAACAGAUGACCGCUGCUCCUUCCCUGAUAAGCAUAACCCACAAGAGGUAAAAGAAAGUGGAACUACCAAUAUUUUGUUCACAUACUCAGUGGAAUGGCAACAAUCUAACGUACGAUGGGCGUCUCGCUGGGACAUCUACCUUCAGAUGACGGAUGUUCAGAUACAUUGGUUCUCCAUCGUCAACUCCCUGGUCGUGGUGUUCUUCUUGUCAGGGAUCCUCACCAUGAUCAUGAUUCGUACUCUGCGGCGUGAUAUAGCCAGAUACAAUGCUGAUGAGAGUUUGGAAGAAACUUUGGAGGAAUCUGGGUGGAAACUGGUGCACGGUGAUGUCUUUCGACCGCCGCGCUAUCCCAAGCUCUUCUCAGCCCUCGUUGGCUCAGGUGUUCAGAUCUUUUGUAUGGCACUCAUUACCAUUAUUUUGGCAAUGUUUGGAAUGCUCUCGCCAGCCUCACGCGGUGCUCUCAUGACUGCAGGCAUCUUACUUUAUGUCUUCAUGGGUCUUAUUGCUGGCUACAUGUCAGGUAGACUGUACCGCACUCUACGUGGUCAGCAGUGGAAGUCAGCAGCCUUUUGGACGGCCACACUUUACCCAGCCUUUGUCUUUGUCACUGGUUUCUUCUUGAAUUUCUUCAUAUGGGGGAAGCGGUCUAGUGGAGCUGUACCAUUCACAACUAUGAUGGCUCUGUUGUCUCUGUGGGUCUGCAUUUUGGUACCACUCACUUUCAUUGGUUACUACUUUGGGUUUAGAAAACAGCCUUAUGAGCAUCCUGUGCGCACCAACCAAAUACCACGACAAGUGCCAGAGCAAGUUUGGUACAUGCAUCCUAUGUUAUGCUUGCUUACAGCAGGAGUACUGCCUUUUGGAGCCAUGUUUAUUGAAUUGUUCUUUAUUUUUUCUGCAAUUUGGGAGAACCAAUUUUAUUACUUAUUUGGAUUUUUGUUCCUAGUAUUUUUGAUCCUUGUCAUCUCUUGUGGUCAGAUCAGUGUGGUGAUGGUGUACUUUCAAUUAUGUGGUGAAGACUAUCACUGGUGGUGGCGCAGCCUUAUCACAUCUGGAGGGUCAGCUGUAUAUGUUGCUGCCUACUCCAUCUUUUACUUGACCACCAAGUUAGAGAUUACAGAGUUUGUUCCACUCUUGCUGUAUUUUGGCUAUACCACUAUCAUGGUCAUGACUUUCUGGUUACUUACUGGUACUAUUGGCUUUUAUGCUGCAUAUAUUUUCAUCAGGAAUAUUUAUGGGGCAGUUAAAAUAGACUGAGAUCCUCAUUUGUCUGACUUAAUUCAUCUUUCAAGGGAGAAGUAGGUUACCUGCUCAUUCCCGUUGUGCUACAGACAAGUAUCAAACUUGUUAAAUGGUAAUACAGUAUAUUAUAUUUUAAGUUUUCUGAAAAUUAAUCCAGUUGUUUAAGGAAUCAUAUUUAUAUUUCAUAUUAAUUAUGGCCACUUUGUUAUUUAGAUGUAGGGUUUUAUUAAGUAGGUCAUAAUACAAAUUUAUGGAAUUAUUUUCAUUGCAAUGAGUGAAUUUGUGUAGAAUGGCAAAUUCCAGUAUGAUGACUAAUAUGUAACAGGAUUUCUUGUUUCUGAAUUAAGAACACUGUACCAGCCCAGUGCAAAGACCGGUUACCCUCAAAAGAUGAAAUGUUACACCAAGGAAUCCCAGUUCAUUCAAAGCUAUUCCUUACACUAAAAUUUAUUACCAAAGAAUUAAUUUCUCAAAGAAAAUUGACAUAAUGUGAUGUGAUAUUUUCCUGAUAUGCCUGAUAAGGAAGGAAACAAUGGGUUGAAUUUUUAGGUGAGCAUACAGUAUUCUCUGAUUAAGAUUUAAGUUUUAAUCAUUACAUCUGAGCCAACUAGCUCGUAGCUUAUAAGUUAAUAAGCUAAUGAGUUUGUCUUUGGUGUAUAAUGUAAGAAAUGAACAGCCUUGAGUGUAUCACAGGAAGUUAAAUUUUGGUAACAACUUCAUCACUGAAGAUCAAACCUAAGUACUGUAAUAUACCACCACAUCAACAAUAAACAAACAAAUAUUCAUUCAAAUACACUACAUUACACUACUUUAUCAUGCAUGCUUUGUCCAAUCAAUAUGAGUGCUCUUAUGUCACAAAAUGCUUUAUGACAAUAACCUGUUAAGGCAAAGGGAUCAAAAUUGUCUUUUGAAGAAUUAUUUAAUUUUUUACAGUCAAGUAUUAAGGAAAACAGUAAACUUUUAUAUUUGCAUUAACUAUGUCAUUAAUAUUUUACUCUACUUACUUUUUUAAUUAUAAAAUAUUUGUUUUUAUUUUGGUAUUUUGAGGUAAAUGUUUAGGUUGAUAGAGGUUUAAUGGACACCAGGAUACGAGUUGGUUAGAAUUAGUCUAAACAGUGGCAUAAUUAUUAUCAAGGAUCCUAAGAUGUAGUUAACCAAUUGAAUCCUAUCUAUGGAGCAUUGCACAGUCGAGCAGUACUGUACCACCUUGUGCACCUAAAAUGUGGUUUGGCGCGAGUGAUUCCACAUCACUCUUGAUUUUAACAUACACACAAACACACACUGUCAAAAAAAUAACAUAUUCUUAGUAAAAUUAACAAUAACAGGGGCACAAAUAUACCAAUGUGUUGGAUUGUGUGGUAGACUACUUCAUAAGGUUGUUACCUGUUGAUUGCAUCUCAGUCAUUUGUUCCUGAUAAUCAAAGCUAGAAGUGAAACAUACUCGAUCGUGAAAAUAUCUUUAAAGUUUUUAUUAAAAUGAGCUUUUAAAUGCUAAGUCUUAAUGAAAAUAACAAUAUGGUUAUGACACCUUUUUUUAGUUGCUGGUUAUUGGUUGUUAUUAGACACUGGGCUAAUAAAGUGCAGUACACUUGGAAUUUUCAUCAUGGCUUUACUAAAGGGUUGUAAUUGCCACAUUUUGUAGAGGCCCUUUGAACAAUACAGUAUUUGUGAUUUCUUUUUCUUAUUAAUAAGAAAUCUUAUCACAAAAUUGGCUUGGUGUUGCGUGAUAGAACGCUCUUUUGUGUGUUAUUAGUUUUAUAAAGAAAAACCUUCAUUUGUACAGACUCCAUAAUGUACUGUAUCUGUUGUACAGUAGACAAUGUUUUUUUCAUUCAAGGGCUUUGAAUUGUCAAAAAUUUAAUGCACAAGUGAUUUGUAAGUGAAUUUUUAAUGCUCCACAUUAAUGUCUUUUGCAACUUUUCCAAACCUUUUGCUUCCAUUUUGAAACAGGUUCAAAUGCAUUUAAAGAACUUCCUUUACUCAUUUUACAUUAUUUAAUUCUGUUAUAGUUAUGCAGGUGAACUAGAUUUGAAAGUCCUGAUUGUACUUUGUACUGUUACAUCUGUUUGAUAUUUACUUUUAUCAACAAAGUACCUUUUAAAGCCCUUGCCUUAUUUUGAACUUCAGAUUCAAUUUGUUGCUGAUGAAUUUUUCUUUCUCAAGAGUGCACUUAUUGUAAGUUGAUGUGGAAAUAUGCAUAUUUGAUAUUUAUUUUCAUCAAUGACAUUCCAUUCUUUGUGUAUUGAUGAUUUACCUUGGAUACACUGUUUUUGGGACUGAUUUAAAUUAUGACACCUCAAAAGAAGGGUGACUAAGAACUAGUUAGAAGCUGUGUCAGUGCAGGCUGGUUAGUGCUUAUAGUUUCAUCACGACUUACCAUUGUAUUUAAGAGUACCGUUUGGACCUCAAAAGCUACACUGCACUGGUUUAUAGGUAAUAAAGUUAAAAUUCUAUUAAAUUCAUUGUUUGUUUUGGUGAUUGCUUUAAUUUGAAAACAAAAUUGAGAAUAUCAUUGCAGCACUUUAACCUGGCUGCAGAUUCGCUUGGGGUGACUGUUCAUUGCUGCUCAACAGAAGUCUUGAUAAGUCUGCCAGAGCUGGCUGACACAGCUGAAAAUGCAUAGUCUAAUGCAGUCAUCCUCCAGCAACCUUAAAUCUUUAUAAUGCCUGGAGUUUGAAUGUAUAAGACACUAUAUGUGGAAUUCAGGAGAAAGAUAAUUUUUUGGGGUUUAUAUGGAGUAAAUGAUUUGAAGAGGUGCAAGCUGUGCACUGAAGCCAGAUAUAAAUUUGGCUUUGGAAUAUUUUUUUUAAAGAAUGAAUGGCAGAGUUUGUGAAAUGUUUCUUACAUUCUCAUACUGUAAGAUUAUGUACUGUAUUCCUUUUUGCUUGAAAGACUGAUGAUUGUGUCAGUAAUCAUCAUACAUGUGAUUUACAUGAACACAGCACAUUGUUGCAUUUCAACCAAAUGUGGUAACUUAGGAUGCAUAACAUAGUGUUUUCAACCUUUGAUUUUAUGAUAUUUUUUACAACUAACUUUCUCCCUAUCUCUCUUGCCAUUUAUUGUAGAUACAAAGUGUCAUAAAUGGAUAUUCCUUUGUUAUGAAAUUACCGGUAUUUAUACUGUAUUAAUUGGAGUUGAAUAUGUGCUGAUUCUUUUGAACCAAUGUAUUCUACAAUGUUAUUAUUUAGAUUUUUUUCUUUUCUUUUUUUCGAUUUUCAAUGCACUUUGUGAUAUUAAAAUGAGUAAAUAAU